GGGCGAGCGGCGGCGCAGGGACGGCAGCGCGGCCCGGGCCCGAGGCGCCCGCGGCACUCAGGUUAGGGAGAGGAGCAGCAGCACGGGGGGCUUUCCUGUGAGCCUGCCGUCGCCGGUGUCACUCCUGCUGUCACGCCUGUUGCGCCACACAGAGUCCUGCUCUUACUCCCGAGCUCUACCACUGGGCGCCAGUUUCCAUUUGGACGUUGUGCAGCAUUUUGCCACGCAGGAGUGUUGUAGUCCAAGCAGAAACUGAGGUUAAGCAGCUUUUGGCUUUUCUGGAUUUGCUUGCUUGCGGUGUUCAGCAGCUUGCUUGUAUUGACAAUGACUCAUGAUAAAUGGAGAUCUCCCUGUGCUUUUUAUGACACACAUAGCGCUGUUUCCGUGUGUUUUGUGCAGAUGUAGGGAGGAAAGUGCAACAAAUGUAUUUGGCCAGGUGAUGUUGAGCACCAGAAAAGGAAUUACAAAUGGAGUAUUCUGCUGGGUUUUUCUGCAUUUGUUUCUCAUGUGAGGUCUUAGCUCUUUGUAAUAUAGGCCAGUGUAUGAGAAAGAUCAUAAAGCCACCUAAAGCCUUUUGCUUCCAGGUGAUGCAUCGCUGUAUGGGAAACUGGAUACUCACCUUUUUCUAGUAACUGUUAUGCCAUAUGUGGGGAAAUCCUUCCAAUCCCUCAAAGCAGUUGCUCAUUUUUACAUAUGAAUGUUUGUUUUAUUUAAGGUUAUGCUAUGACUGGCUUCAGGCUCCCCAUCAGCACUUUCAGCAAACUAAAUGUCUGGUUUGGACUGUGGGAGAAAUUUCCCUCAAAUAAACUGUAUCCCACUUGGAGGAGAAGCUUAUUCUGUAGCUGUCAAGCAAGCUCAGUAAACUACAGAAGAUGUUUCAAUUUUUCCCCAGUCAGACUCAGUGCACUAAGACUCUCUCCAGAGUAUAUCUCAGUACUUUCUCUGCGGAACAAAAGCAGCAAAAGCUCUAAAAGGAGCAGACAAAGUGUACAAGAAGAGGAGGAAGAAGAGGAUGAAGAUGACAGUAGUUUGGAAGAUGAAUUUGAAAAUGACCCCAAUGUAAUAAAAGAUUACAAGGAUCUUGAAAAAGUAGUGCAGUCUCUUCGAUAUGAUGUUAUAUUGAAAGCUGGUCUAGACAUGGCAAGAAAUAAAGUAGAAGAUGCAUUCUACAAUAAUGAACUCAGGCUGAAUGGAGAAAAACUAUGGAAGAAAAGUAGAACUGUGAAACUUGGUGACACGCUGGAUCUCAUAAUAGGUGAAGAUAAAGAAACAGGAGCUGCUGUAGUUAUGCGGGUAGUCUUAAAAAAAUUAUCUGACAAAACCGAAAGUGAAAAAUACAAAGUCAUUUUGAGGCGUUGGAAAAACUUAAAAGUGCCCAAACAGGAUGUAUUUAAGUAACAAGGGGUUGCAUGGGGCAGCAUAAGAUUUUUGCAGAAGAACAUAUUUUUUGUUAAUUAUGAAUUUUGGUUGAACAAAAUUAGAGUACCCUUUUUUAAGGGCUUGUGUCAGAUUGUUAUCUUGCUCUGCUGCGUACAUCAGUAAUCAUGCAAUAAAGCCUGUCACCUUUUGCUGUUAGUUUUGUUUUGUGGUACUGUAAGUUAAAAGAUCCAACACUUAUAUUUCCAGGAAGUUUCUUAUAAAUAAUGAACCAAUAAAGACUGAUUU